AUGGGUACCCACUCGAUAAGGAUGUACAUUGACUACAGGCAGUUGAAUAAGGUUACCAUGAAGAAUAGGUACCCACUACCAUAUAUUGGUGACUUGUUUGAUCAGCUUCAGGGUGCUAGGGUAUUCUCAAAGAUUUAUUUGAGAUCGGGGUACCAUCAGUUGAAGAUCCGGGCUUCAGAUGUUCUGAAGACGGCUUUUAGGACAUGUUAUGGUCACUGUAAGUUUUUGGUGAUGUCUUUUGGGAAGACCAAUUCCCCAACAACUUUUAUGCACUUGGUGAACAACGUAUUUCAGCCAUAUCUUGAUUCCUUUGUCAUAGUUUUCAUUGACGACAUAUUAGAGUUUUCUCUCAGCCAUGAGGAUCAUGAGCAUCAUUUAAGGAUUGUGCUCUAG